AUGGCUCUUGAUGCCAAUGCAUCCAACAGCUUGCUGGCCCAGCUGACCGAGGCACAUCUGGCUCGGAUGGAUGCGGUCGACGAGACAGGCGAGGCUGGUCUGCCGGGCGGACUGUACCAGUCGAUGCCGGCAUCUGCAAUGGACUCUGCACUGACACUGGCAGCCAGCCAGCCAGGGUCGCCGCUGGGCGAGAAGGAGCAGAUGGUAUCGCCGCUGGACCGGGCAGGCGCCCAGCUCGAGGCGGCUCCAGAUCUGGAGGCACAGAGCAAGACCAAGGGCCCGGCCGAUGCGUCGGCCCUGACGGCCUGGUCCCAGGUGGCGGCGGCGUUUCUGCUCAACGGCAUUGCCUGGGGCACGCUGUCGAUGUUUGGCGUCUACCAGCUCUACUACACGCAGACGAUGGGUCUGCCGACGGGAACAGCCAGCUGGGUUGGCUCGCUGCAGACCUUUAUGACCUACUUUUUAUCGACCGUCUCGGGCCAGCUUUCGGAUUCGGGCUAUGCUGUGCCGACUGUUCUCGCCGGCACGCUUCUUGUGCUCGCCGGUGGCAUCUGGACCAGCUUUUCGGCCGCCUCGCUGGCACAGCUGUUCAUCUCUCAGGCCGUCAUCACUGGUGUCGGUCUCGGUCUUCUCUCGGCGCCACCACUGCCGUCCAUCAGCUACUAUUUCGGCCCCGACACGCCGCGUGGCAACAGCCAGGCCCUUGCCCUCGCCAUCUCCACCAUCGGCUCCAGUGUCGGCGGAGCUGUGCUACCGGCCAUCGUCCAGUACCUUCUGCCGGCCACCAGCUUCGCCUGGGCUGUCCGCUGUGCUGCCCUCGUUGCCCUCGUCGCCUGUCUCGGCGCUGCACUGCUCAUCCGGACUGUGCCGACCGAGCCCAAGAUCAAGCCCAAGGCCGAGCCAAAGGGCCAGGAUCAGACGGAACAGCCUGCUGGACCCUCGCGUCUCUCUGUCUUCCUCGACCAGAUUGCCGAUUGGAACGCUCUGCGCGAGCUGCCCUUUGUCCUCUUCCUCGCAUCCACCUUUUUCCUGUACUGGGGCCUCUACUUUGGCUUCAACUACAUGAACGUCUACGCCGAAAAGAUCCUCGGCAUGUCGUCCACCAACUCGACCCUGCUGCUCAUCAUCUCCACCGCAUCGGGUAUUCCGGGCCGUCUGGUCUCCGGCCUGCUCGCUGGCUACUAUAUGGGCGCCCUCGACUGUCUCGUCAUCAUGUCGUGCUUCAGCGCCGUCAGCAUUUUCUGCUGGCUCGCUGUUGAGAGCUCGACUGCCGGCAUGUACGCCUUUGUCAUCUGUUUCGGCCUGGGCAACGGCCUGACCCAAGGCGUCUGGCUGGGCUCCAUUGCCGAGCUCAUGGUGCCCCCCAAAGCUGAUCCCGUGUCUGCUGACGCCAACGCCAACGCCGCUGUCGAUGCCACCGCUCGCCCGCUUCCUCGCAUCGGCGCCCGCUUCGGCAUGGCUUGCACUGUGGCCGCUUUUGCCACCCUGAUCGGCGGUCCGACCGCAGCAGCACUCAUCCACAACGGCGGCCACACAGCUUCCGACUACCACGGCGCUAUCAUCUGGUCCGCUGCCGUCACCAUGGGCAGUGUCGUGAUCACUGCCUUUGCCCGCGUGUCGGCUGUCGGAUGGAGCCCUCGGGCCGGCAUCGACAAGAAGGCCGCCGAUUUUGCCGCUGCUUCUGCUGCUUCUGCAGCUUCUCCGUCGGCAUGA